CGCUGCCCCGUCCCGGCCGUGACGGCAGCGGCCGGGGAGGGCUCUGGGCAGCAGGGGGACAAGGAACCGGCCGGCAGCGGCCAUCCCAUGGCACGGGGAGAAGGAAGUGCCGCCCAGGGCCACUCCUCCUCACCAUUUCCUCUCCGGGGCCGGUUUCUAUACGGAUGAGAGCGGCGACAGAGGAGCUGCCGGCCCGUCCGAGGCCGGAGGUGCGCUCGGCGGGCGGAGGGAAGCGCCGGUGACCGGCCCCAGGGGACGCCGCGGAGAGAAGAUGAUGUGAAUGGGCUGUAAGAACCAGACAAGAUGGAGGAAGAGCUGCCCUGCUCUGAGGUGGAUGGAAAAAGCGUCCUCAGCGAUCUGGGAGUGGAGAUGCCCUGCGUGGAGAGCAAUCCCAAAGGAGGCACAUCUGGAGCAGAGAAGGACACAGGAGAGGUGCCCUGUGCUGAGACCAGCACAGAAGAAGAGGCUCCUCGUGACCCAGGAAUUGUCUUCACUGAGGGCAGCGUGGAAGGAGAGACGCUGGGCACUGUCAGAGAUGGGAAAGGGGCGAUUCCUGGAACUGGCAGUGACGGGGAAGAGGAGAUUCCCGUCACUGACAUCGAUGGGGAAGGGGAAAUGCCCCGUGGCACAAAAGAAGAGGCGUCUUGCUCUGAGAGUGACGUGGAGGAAGUGCCAGAUGCUGUAAUCCCUGCUGCUUCCAAGAAAAUAACUUCUAUUUCCUCUCCCCUGCGGGCCAUCGUCCGCCUGCGCCGGCGCUACCAGGGGCUGAAGAAAAGCCGCCUGCAUUUAGAGCUCCCUCGGGAAAAGUCUGCGGAGUUUGUCCACACCAGGCUGCUCCAAAGGCAGCUGUCCCUGAACAGAACUUCUCUGUACAGCCCUUCCAUGUCCUUCUUUAAUCAGUCUGGCUUUGAGAGCUCCCAGUACUUCACCUUCGACACGUCUGUGGAACAUUACUCCGUGAAAAAGUGCAGGCGGAAAAAGAGCCGGAGGAAAUCCAGGAUGGUCCUCUACCCGGAUAAAACAAAAAAAUACCUCCCAGCAGAGGAGAAAAGCAAAGCAAAGCGCUGCCUCCUCUUGCUCAUUGCCAUUAUCUUCUUCCAGAUUCUCAAUGCCAUAGAGAACCUGGACGAUAACCUCCAAAAGUACGACCUCGAUGGUUUGGAGAAAACCAUGCACCGGGAAGUAUUUGGGCAGAGGGUUGCUGUGGAAAGCAUUGCGGAAUUACUGAAAGACUAUCUGGCUACCCACAUCCACAACAAGCCUCUGGUGAUCUCUCUGAAUGGCCCCACAGGGGUUGGGAAGAGCCACGUUGGCUGGGUGCUGGCCAAACAUUUUCGCUCUGUCAUGGACAAUGACUUUGUGCUCCAGUACUUUGUGAUGCACCACUGCCCCAGCGGGGUGGCUCCCCUGACCUGUGAAAUAGAUCUGUCUAAGAAGAUUUCUGACAUGGUUACCAGAGCUGAAAUAGAGGAGAAGACCCCAGUGUUUAUUCUGGAUGAGGUUGAGCUCAUGUCCCCCGUCCUGCUGGACACUCUCAGCCGAUUCUUUGAACCCAAUCAAACCAACGAGUUCCUCAAUGCCAUCUACAUUUUAAUAAGCAACCUGGGAGGUGCUGAAAUCACAAAGUUCGUUAUCCAGAAUGCAUCCACUGAGCUCCUGCAGCAGCAACGGGGAGCUGAAGAGCUGCUGAGCAUCGUCCAGCCAGUCCUGAUCAGUGUCCACCCUCUGUGGAAGGCUGCAGACAUCAUCCCCUUUGUCCUUCUGGAGAAGUCUCAUGUCAUAAACUGCUUCCUGGAGCAGAUGAGGAGGGAAGGGCUCUACCCCGACCAGAAGCACAUUGAGAAUUUGGCAAAUCAGCUCAGUUACUACACUACAGGAGACAAGCAGUACUCCAGGAUGGGCUGCAAGCAGGUUGUGGCCAAAGUCAACCUCCUGUAGGGAUUUACUGCAGAGACCAAGCCCUGCUCUUGGGAUUUGCAGAGAUCUGUGCUCAUGAGGAGUGUGUUACAGCAGGCUGUGCUCAAGGUGUCCUUUCUCAGCCCUGCACUGGCUCUGCCCUGGCCCAGGCAGAGGGCUGGCAGCCUGGGCAACGUGAUCUCUGUUCUCCUCCAGAGAUUUCGCUUUUCCCUGAUGUUCUGUGGAAAAGGAAGGGUGAGGAAGCCAGAGCCACCUCCCAAUAAUUGCAAGAUACUUUGUUCCUCACAUUCUCAUUUGGGAUUCUGGUCAUUGAGGAGUUGUGAGGUGGCAUCAAAAGCUGCAGGAUAUCAAUAGGAUGAAGCAGUCCCUGGGUCCCUGCCCCUGCAGAAUCUGUCACCUCGUUCUCACUCUCUCCAGGCUCACAGCUCUUUGCUGUUCUUGGUCCUGGCUGGUGCGUGCAGAGCAGAGGCAGGGCUGGACACCUGGCUCUGGGAUAAUUUGUGCCUCCUGCCCUCACAAACAUGCAGGCACUCAGAGCCCUGCCUUCCCCAGCUCCUACGUGACCACAUCCUCUGGAGAACAUUUUCUGGACCUGUUCCUGAGCUGCUGCUCUUCUGAGCUCAUCCCUGAGCUCACCUUUGGCACCUGCAGUGAGAUUUCUGCCCUGCAGGUGUGUUUGCGCUCACCUCAGAGACUGCUCAGCUGUGCCAGAUGGUGCAGAAGUAACCUCUGGAUUGUUUCAGGUCUGGUGGUGACACCUCAUCCUCAGAUCUCUUCUGCUUUUUGCCUCUGGGGACACGUCACCGUGGUCAGCCAUUAUCUAGAAAGCCCAAAGCAGCAACUGAUGGAUAUUAAGCAAUACUCACUGGAAAAAACAGUUUGGGCUGAUGGAGUGGGAAUCCUGGGCUUGUUCCCAGUCCUGAGAGGCCAAGAAGAGGCUCUUUGCCGUUGAGUCCCAGGUGAGAUGUGGCCUGGGAACAGCUCGGGAAGAGCACACAGCCAUGUUUUGAGCAAAACUGAGCAGGUAUUUAUGACAUUGUUUUCUCAGGUUGUGGUUUUGUACAAGGUUUCUGCAGCUUGCUGUGAAUUCCCAGACAAGAAACCCCAUGGAUGUUUGCACCGGGGGUUUGAUUCACCUCUUUCUAAUUGUUGGUCUCCAAAGACUCUGUCACAAACUCCUGCUUCCAGAGCUGUUGUGAGGAAUAAACCCCAACUAUCCCCAAUAAAAUAAUUCAAAGUGCA